GUUCGGAUUUCACUUUACUUUGUUCUUCCAAUUUCCGAUAGCGAGAACAGUGCCGAGGGUUUUAACGAUGCCGGGACCGUCGACUUCAUUAGCUUCUCAGUCAUCAUCGCCUCCGUCAUCAUCUCCGUCUUCCGAGAAUUUUAGGGAUCUUCCUAUCAUGUCUCUCCGUAGCAAAAUUGUCGAGAAGAUAAUGGAGAAUCGCGUCACUCUGAUCGUCGGUGAAACCGGAUGUGGGAAGAGCUCGCAAGUUCCUCAAUUUUUACUGGAAGAAAAUAUUGAGCCAAUAUUAUGUACACAACCAAGGAGAUUUGCUGUGGUGGCAGUUGCUAAGAUGGUGGCUAAAGCUCGAAACUGUAUAGCGGGGGGUGAGGUUGGAUAUCACAUAGGUCACUCCAAGGUUAUGUCUGCGAGCUCUAAGAUCAUUUUCAAAACUGCUGGAGUUUUGUUGGAGGAACUGCGAGAAAAAGGAAUGAAUGCACUCAAGUACAAGGUUAUCAUUCUCGAUGAAGUGCAUGAACGAUCUGUUGAAUCGGAUCUUGUUCUUGUGUGUGUGAAGCAGUUUCUAAUAAAAAAUAGUGGUUUGAGGGUGGUAUUGAUGUCUGCUACUGCUGAUAUUACAAGAUACAAGGAGUACUUUAGAGAUCUCGGUCGAGGUGAAAGGGUUGAAGUUUUAGGAAUUCCCAGCUCCGACCAGCAUACCUUGUACCAGCGAAGAGUAUCGUAUCUUGAGCAGGUGGUUGAACUUCUUGAUAUGAGUUCAGAAUCCCUGUCUAUAAAAUAUUGUUCUGGACCUAGCCCAUCAUCUGAAGCAGUUAUGAAUGAUGAAGUGCACAAGCUUAUACACAAUCUGGUAUUGCAUAUUCACAAAAAUGAAACAGACAUGGAGAAGAGCAUUUUGAUAUUCCUUCCAACAUAUUUUGCUUUGGAGCAACAAUGGCAUGCUCUCAGUCGUUUCAGUAGUGAUUUUAGAAUUCACAUCCUACAUAGUAGCAUUGACACAGAGCAAGCUCUUAAUGCAAUGAGAAUCUUGAAGACUCAUCGGAAGGUUAUAUUGGCCACGAACAUUGCAGAAUCUUCGGUAACAAUACCCAAAGUGGCCUAUGUGAUUGAUUCAUGCAGAUCUCUGCAAGUCUACUGGGAUGCAAAUAGAAAAAUUGAAUCUUCGGAGAUUGUUUGGGUAUCCGAAUCUCAGGCUGAGCAGCGUCGGGGACGAACAGGCCGGACUUGUGAUGGUGAAGUAUAUCGACUCGUCACUGAAUCAUUUUUUGGUCAGUUAGAGAAGUAUGAGACUCCUUCAAUAUUGAAGUUAUCGUUGAGGCAACAGGUGCUUCUUACAACUUGUGCUGAAUCGAAAGCCAUCAAUGAUCCAAAGGUCUUGUUGCAGAAAGUUAUGGAUCCACCAAGAUCUAGUGUUGUUGACGAUGCACUAGACUUGCUGGUCCAUAUACGUGCUUUAGAGAGAACAUCUCCCAGAGGCCGUUUUGAGCCAACUUUCUAUGGACGAUUGCUUUCCAGCUUUGCUUUGUCUUUUGAUGCUUCCAUGCUCAUUCUGAAGUUUGGAGAAGAGGGAAUGCUACGUGAAGGCAUUAUAAUUGGUAUCCUGAUGGAUACACAGCCUUUACCGAUCGUCCGCCCUUUUGGACAGGAAGCACUGCAAUGUUUACAGUUUUCUAAGUUCAUCAACAACUACUACAAUGAAGAUAGUAAGAUCACUGGUUUGAUGGGUCGGAAGGAAGUGAUCUUCAUGGCAAAUUUUUGUGCCUACCAGUUCUGGCAACGUACUUUUCAGGAUAAUCUUCGUCUUGAGCGAUUGAAACACGUGUUAAAGUUUGAUGAGACAACGGACACCCAAAUUGUGUCUUUGAAGAUUCAAGAAGAAUGGUGCUCGUUUCACCAUCUAGUUCAAUCAUCACUCCAGCAUAUUGCCAGUAUAUAUGAAAGCAUUCUUCAUUCUGUGCAUCGGUAUCGUCCAACGUUUCUAGCAACCUCCAGUGGUCUACCGACUUACUAUACACCCUAUGAAUUCCAGCAUAAGUGUCUUAUCAUGGUUGAGGACAGUGAAGAUGAAGAUUCUGAUACUCUUGCCACGGAUAAUGACCUCAUCAAUCCUAUUAACGGAACAAAGAAAUGUACAACUUUACCUUUUGUGGGUGCAGAUGGAUUUAAUAAGAAAGAGGUGGCUUUUAGAUUGGCUAGAGCAAUUAAAGAGAUAAGGAUGCGUUAUCUGGAGGAUGUAUCUGGCAGCCAGCAGAUUUUCAAUACUUACGAUGCUGCAGAAGCUUCUGUAUGUGUAUAUUUUGUCAAUGGGACAUGCAACAAGGGAAGCCAAUGUGCAUUUUCUCACUCAUUAGAUGCUAGAAAGCCGGUUUGUAAAUUCUUCUUAUCGUUACAGGGUUGUAGAAAUGGAAAUUCGUGUUUUUUCUCUCAUAGUUCAUCCCAGGUAUCUUUGCCGAGGAGUGGACAAGGAUUAUGUGUGGCUGAAGAUGUACCUGCUGAUGCUUCUCUCCUUCUGAGUCUUUUUCCUAACCCCGAAAAUGGCUGCAUUCUUAUAUUUGAUGACUUUGAUCUGCAAUUCUCUUCGAAUUUUGCUAAAAUUUACAACCCAUCUUCUAUAGUCUGCACAACGGCUGCAGUUAAAUCUUCAAUCGACCCAUAUCUGUUGCAAGAUAUAAGUGUAGUUUGUGAACUCUCUCAUCCAGACGAGACGAUCAUUUCCAAAUCUGCCAAGAACACAAUCCCAUGGAAUGAAGUCAAGUGCGCAGUUUGGAUUCCGAAGUUAGGUAAUGAUUUGGAGAACCGGGAAGAACAGAAAGGUCUCAUUAAAACGUUCUUCGAGUAUCUUGCUAUCCGUAUCUUGGGUGAUACUUUGUACGAAGUUCAAGUCAUUCUUGUUAUGAACAACCUCCAUUUUGCUCAACUUCAGGUUGAAAACCUUGCGAGAGAGAAUUUCUUUUACCUCAUGGAAUCUUUUGCAUUCGAUGAGUACAGUUUCGGGAAGGUGUAUGGCAAGAUGAGUAGUAGGGCGAUGCAGGCAUCGAAGCCGAUUGUGUAUGCAUUUGAGUUGCAUCCUCCUACUGACAUUCAGUUUGGUGACUAUACAUCAGUUCUUCACAAACAACUACAUGAAUGAAUGAAUGAAUGAAUGAAGAGGUUUUGGAUGUUGGUUGACUAGAAUUUUGUAUGGAGUAAAUUAUGAUAUGGUUUGUUAAAAGUUUCACUGGUCAUCCAUGUGGUUUAGAAUUUGUGGUUUCUAAGUUUCGUUCUUAUGAUUUAUAAUUUAUUGUUGUUUUGGUCCUUAUUGAUUAUAAUUUUUUACUGUUUUGAUC